AUGCCCGGCGUGCCGUCCGGGCGCGCAUGUGCAAAUUGCCGCCGCCGACGUCAAAAGUGCGACUACGCAAAGCCCACAUGCUCGCGAUGCGCCCGCCUCGGUGUCGCGUGCGUCGGCUCCGGCCAGCGACGCUUCCUUUUCAUAGACCAAAAAUGCGCCCGACGCCCUAAUUCGGGUGUCUCGAGUGACGGCUCGGUGGCGUCUACGCCAUGUUCCUCGCUCCAGCCCCUGUUGCCGGGGCCGAGGAGCGAGGCGGAUGUGCUCGUCGGCUGCUUCGUGGACAUGAUACAGCCGUCCUCGGACCGUAGAUUCAACCUGGCGUCGACGUACGGCGAUUUUCUCGAGAAUGUCCCGCAACGGCUAGGAUCUAAUACAGCGCUCGACGUGGCUGCGCAGGCGUUGGUGGCAUCCCAUCGGGACUUUGCCGUGCGUCGUCCCGUCACGCCGGACAGCCUCGCCAAAUACUCGGAUGCCAUAAGAGCAUUGACGCAAAGCGCCGUUGAAAUGCUGCGCGCAAGACAAUCGGUUCAUAUUACCGAAGAGUUUGAAAUAGGCUUGCACACGUAUUUGCACGGGCCUGUACUGGUGCAAUCCCUCUUCAACAGGAAAAUGCGACUUUCGCCCACCAAAUUCGAGGCGCUAUCGAGAGUUCUCGCAAUCAACAAGAAGGCGCCUGGCUCUAGCACCUUGGUACUUUUAUUUCAAAUACCUGCGCUCUUGCAGCGUGGGAGAACUGUCAUGCAGGGCUUGGCAGAUCGCGGAGCAUUCAUGACUGAGCUCGCCUCAACAUACGAUGCUCUGCAAACAUCAGCGUCCAUUGUAUACUCCAAAUUCAUGACUGGUCCGAGCACAGAAAGAAAAUUCACCGGCCCCUAUGGCUUUUGCCUGGCAUACAGUUGCAUCUUCAACUGCAUGAUGCGCGCCGUCGAGCCCGACAACAGCGCGUUGCUUUCCGACGGCGAGACUCUGGUCCGGGCCACGUUCGCCCUGGUUCCCGAAGCCCAGCGGAAUAGACCCUUGGGGGCCGCGCACAUGAUGCUCAAUCUCAGCGCGGCGUGGUUGUGCGCAAGUGCGCGUGAGCGGCCAGUGCUGUACGCUUUUCUGGGAGACUUUGGAUGGGAUUUUGACAGGGACGCUCGUGCCGUGUGGCCACUAGAGCUUCUUGAGGAUCUCCUCUGCGAUGUCCAGUUCAAAACUGACCCGGAGGUUGUUUUGGCUCAAGUUGCGUGA